GGGAGGAGGUGGAGCCGGACGGGCGGAGUGUCUGACGGAGUGGGUGCGGACAUGGGGAGUGAGGAGCCGCAGGGCACCGAGUUGAUGCUCAGAUAUGCGGGCGGCUGCUCGGACAGGGCCGGAGUCCCGCGCUUCGGCUGGAGGAUCUGCCUGGCGCAUGAGUUUAAAGAGCGGAGGAAGCCGUUCGAAGCCACCGAUGUGUCCCUGUCGCAUAUGAUCGGUCACCUGGGCCUGGGCAUCCGGUAUCUGAAAUGGUGGUACAGAAAAACACGAAUAGAGAAGAAGGCACCAUUUAUUGACCCAUUUAAUUCCAUACCUUUGCGACAGAUUUAUGGGGCUCCAUUAGGUGGUUUUGGAGGAGGUACCAUUACAAGAGGGUGGCGAGGAGAGUUCUGCAGAUGGCAGCUAAACCCAGGAAUGUAUACUUACGACACUGUGAUUGAAAACCAGUUUACAGUUUGCUUAAGGAAGAACGGAAAGACUGUUUAUCAACAAGUGCUUUCUGUUGAGAGACCACACAAGCUCCAGAGUUGGAACUGGGGAUACUGUGGAGAGUAUGCUUUUUACCAUGCCCUUUAUCCACGUGCCUGGACAGUUUACAAUCUUCCUGGACAAAAUGUAACUCUGAUAUGUCAGCAGAUAUCUCCAAUUAUUCCUCACAAUUAUAUGGACACUAGUCUGCCAGUUGGUAUCUUUGUAUGGGAAGUUGAAAACCAAAAUGAAGAUGACCUGGAAGUCUCACUUAUGUUUACUCUGAGGAAUGGUACUGGGACCAAGGAUGAUCAGAGAGGGGGGCACUGGAAUGAACCAUUCCAUUUGGAUAAAGAAGAUGAGUGCAUUUCAGGAGUGCUGUUGCAUCACUGCACCCCUGUAAAUGGCUAUACAAUGGCAAUUUCAGCGAAACACAUGCAAAAUGUGAAGAUUAGUCAUCAGACUGAUUUUAAUCCAAAUGACAUGGGACAAGAGAUUUGGAAUGAUCUGCUUCAGGAUGGGAAAUUGGAUUCUUUACCAGGAAAAAGUAAACCAACAGAUAAAGGACAAGUUACUGCAGCAGCUGUUGCAGCUACCUGCACUGUUCCAGCCAAAAACCAAGCUGUUGUUGAGUUUUGUCUUGCGUGGGAUAUGCCCAAGAUCUAUUUUGGAUCACGGGAAAAGGAACAUGCAAGAUGGUACACGUGCUUUUUUGGGACACAUGGUGAAGCAGCUCCUGCUUUAAGUCACUACUCCCUAACACACUACAAACAAUGGGAACAAAAGAUUGAUGAUUGGCAAAGUCCAAUUUUAAAAAAUUGCCGAUUACCUGACUGGUACAAGUCGGCCCUGUUCAAUGAACUCUAUUUUUUAUCUGAUGGAGGGACCAUCUGGAUACAGGUACCUGAUGAUUUAAAUAUAACAAAUGGCUUUUGUAGUCAGAAGGCUGGACUUCCACCUCUACCUAAAGUACUGAAGGAAUAUGGGCGAUUUGCAUAUUUGGAAGGACAAGAAUAUCGAAUGUACAAUACAUAUGAUGUUCAUUUUUAUGCAUCAUUUGCACUAGUCAUGCUUUGGCCCAAACUGGAACUUAGUCUGCAAUAUGAUAUUGCUGCUGCUGUAAUGAAGGAGGAUUGCACGCAACGGAUACACCUAAUGAAUGGAAGAUUAGCAAAAGUGAAUACACUAAAUGUAGUCCCACAUGAUAUAGGAGAUCCAGAUGACGAACCUUGGGAAAGAGUCAAUGCUUACUUGAUUCACGACACAGCUGACUGGAAAGAUCUCAACUUGAAAUUUGUUCUACAAGUUUAUAGAGACUACUAUCUAACUAAUGAUGGCACUUACCUUGAAGACAUGUGGUCUGUCUGCCAGGCUGUCAUGGAGUCUGAGUUAAAGUUUGAUACUGAUGGAGAUGGACUUAUUGAAAACUCUGGUUAUGCAGACCAGACAUAUGAUGGAUGGGCUGUAACAGGACCAAGUGCCUACUGUGGAGGGCUCUGGCUGGCAUCUGUCUGUGCUAUGUGCAAGAUGGCAAAGAUCCUGAAAGAAGAUGAUGAAUACAAAAAAUACCAAGACAUACUAAAAAGAGGAAAAGAAGCAUUUGAGAGGAUACUAUGGAAUGGUAAAUACUACAAUUAUGACAGCAGUAAAAAGUGCUACUCAAACAGUGUGAUGUCAGACCAGUGUGCUGGACAGUGGUUUAUACGUGCCUGUGGCCUAGGAGAUGGUGAAUAUGAGGUAUUUCCAAAAUCUCAUAUACUGUGUGCACUAAAGACAAUUUUUGAUUUGAAUGUAAUGAGUUUUGCCAGUGGAUCAAUGGGAGCAGUAAAUGGAAUGAGACCUGAUGGUACAAUAGACACAUCCAGUGUCCAGUCAGAUGAGGUUUGGACUGGAGUGGUCUAUGGUCUGGCAGCCACAAUGAUACAAGAGGGACUUGUUGAUGAAGGUUUCAAGACUGCAGAAGGUGCCUAUAGGACAGUAUGGGAACGGCUUGGCAUGGCUUUUCAGACCCCGGAAGCCUACUGCAAAAAGAAUAUUUAUCGUUCGCUGGCAUACAUGAGACCUUUAAGCAUUUGGAGUAUGCAGUUAGCACUAGACAAAAUGCAUAAUUGAGUCAACUGACUCUUUGAAUCAAAGAAAAAAUGGCACAGAGGGAUGACAUUUGUCUCGUCCAAUCCUGCUGAAAGUGAGCUGUUCUGACUACUCCCACUUCCCAGCUAUAAAUUCUUAUGGUACCUAGUGUUCAUUCAGCCACCAUCUUUUCCUUUGGUGGAUACCAGUCCUCCUCCACUCAUUUGAUUUCUUCCCCCCCCCCACCUUAAUUCCCCAUGAGUUCAUCUUCCAACUACCAUAAACACAUGGCCUUCAGUUAUUGACCUCUUUGUUAUUGUGUUGGCCUCAAUCAGAUUUAUUAUCACUGACUUGUAUGAUGUGAACUUUGUUGUUUUGUGGCAUCAGUACAGUGCAAAUACACAAGUCCAAACUCUCAUUUGGAUUCCAUGCUUAAUUCUUUACUCUGUUUCCUUGUUCCAAAGAAAAUAGCCCCAUUUAGCCAAUCUUUCUUUGCAACUAACUUUCAGCCCCAAUAAGAGGAUGAUUAUCUUUCCAAAUGGCAAAAUAACUUGCAAAUAGGAAUGGCAGCUAAACAAUUUGUAUUUCAUUUAAAAUGAAUAUUUAAUAAGAAUAUAGAACUUGAAUAUCGUCUAACAAACAGUGAUCUCUUAUGUCACUCAAUGCUACCGAACCACUGCUUCCAGUAGCUACACUCAGCUACUGCCGUAACCACUGAUCUGCAUCUCUGUCAGCUGUAUCUCUAGCCAGUCACAGUCCAGAGAAGUAAUACAAAUGGUAAACCAAUUUCAAAGAAUUGCCAAAGAAUGCUGCAAGUGAAAGUCUCUUCCCCAUGCUGGUCAGUUGAGCUCUAGUCAAAGUUGGAGUUUAUUGUCAUAUGCACAAGUACAUGUAUGCACAGUUGCAAUGAAAAACUUACAACAGCAGCAUCACAGGCACAUAGCAUCAUAUAAGUGGCGUUGACAAGUUAAACACAAUUUUUACAAGAAAACACAAUUAAAACAUUAAAAAAACAAAGAUCAUUUUAGUGUAAAGUGGUCAUAGUGUUGCUAAACUCUAGUGAUUAGGUUUGUGCCAGUUGGUUCAAGAACCGAAUGGUUGAAGGGAAGUAGCUGUUUUUGAAGCUGGUGGUGUGGGACUUCAGGCUUCUGUACCUCCUGCCCAAUGGUAGCUGCGAUAAGAUGGCCUGGCCCAGAUGGUGGGAAUCUUUGGUUGUUGCCUUUUUGAGGCAACAAUUUUGCAUGUGGGUUUGUGCCUAUUAGAAGACAUCGUUGGCACAGAUGCUCAAAGUUGAGUGGAAUUGGAUCUCAGGUCAAUACAGUGGCAAUGUAAUAUUAAUAUUUCAAUACUGCCAUGUUGGAAUCAGUCUGGUGAACUUUUUGAAUGCUUAUGAUAAGUAAAACCUUGUGUAAGGAGGACAAAACUACACACAAUAUGUCCAAGCAUAGUCUCUCAAAUGCCCCCUGUAGUUGUGGUAAGAUAUCCUUGCUCCUAUACUCAAAACCUCUUGCAAAGAAGUCUAACAUAUCAUUUACCUUUGCUGCUUGCUGCAUUUGCAGGUUUGAUUUUAGAGACAGAUAUACAAGAACAUCUAAAUCUCUUUAUAUGUCAACAUUUCAUUACUUAAAUAAUUAGCCAUGGGUACUCACAUGGGCCCCAGCAAUGCCUGCAUCUUUGUCAGUUACGUGGAACAGUCCAUGUUCCAAGCUUACACUGGUAACGUCCCCCAGCUGUUUCUCUGCUACAUCAACAACUGCAUUGGAGCUGCUUCCUGCACCCGUGCUGAGCUGGUCAAUUUCAUCAACUGCCUCCAACUUCCACCCUGCUGUCAGAUUCACUUGGUCCAUCUCCGACACCUCUCUCCCCUUUCUGGAUCUCUCUGUCUCCAUCUCCAGAGAGAUUAACCACAGACAUCUACUAACCCACUGACUCCCAUAGUUACCUUGACUACAUCUCUUCCUGUCCUGUCACCUGUAAGGACGCCAUCCCCUUCUCCCAGUUCCUCCGCCUCUGCCGCAUCUGUUCCCACGAUGAGGCUUUUCAUCUGAGAUGUCCUCCUUUUUCAGUAACCGGGGCUUCCCGUCCAUCACUAUCAAUGCUGGCCUUAUCCAUAUCUCCUCCACUUCCUGCACGUCUGCCCUUUCCCCCCCCCCCCCCCCCCCCCCGGACAUAACGGACAGGGUUCCCCUUGUCCUCACUUACCUCUCUACAAGCCUUCACAUCCAACACAUCAUUCUCCGCAACUUCUGCCACCUCCAACGGGAUCCUACCACCAGGCACAUCUUCCCCUCACCCCCUCUCUGCUUUCCACAGGGACCGCUCUGUCAGCAACUCCCUUGUCCAUUCAUCCCUCCCCACUGAUAA